AUGAGAUUUUUAAAACCUCAUUUUCUUCUUUCUUCAGCUUUAUCCAGAGCUACAGUGAGAGUAACUCCAGACAGAUCUGUGUUCACUGGAGAGACAGUCACUCUGAAGUGUGAGAUAGAGGAUCAGUACAGUAACUUUACAUAUCGGUGGUCUAACAGUCGUACUUCAGUGUUUAACUCCGAACAUUACACUGUAAAAAGAGACACUCUCACUAUCAAUAGAGUUACUGAAUCUGAUCAGGAUGCGUACUGGUGUAUAGUAAAUAGAGAUGGACGACCUUCAUUAUCAAGCUCAUCUGUUAAUCUUACUGUUAAGGCUUUACCCAGAGCUACAGUGAUAGUAACACCAGACAGAUCUGUGUUCACUGGAGAGACAGUCACUCUGAAGUGUGAGAUAGAGGAUCAGUACAGAUCAUUAAACUGGAGAUAUGGGUGGUCUAACAGACAUACUUCAGUGUUUAACUCUGAGCGUUACAUUGUAAACAGAGACUCUCUCACUAUCAAUGGAGUUAAUGAAUCUGAUCAGAAUGAGUAUUGGUGUAUAGGAGAGAUACACGGACGACCACAGACUUCACUAUCAAGCUCUGCUAUUAAUCUCAUUGUGAAGGGAUCAAAACCAAAACCUAAUAUCAUAUCAGAGACUGAAGAAUCUGUACUGACAGCCUCAGGAUCUUCAUUUCUUGGUCUUACUGUUGGUCUGUGUCUUGGACUGAGCUUCAUGUUUUUGAUCUUUUUCUUGGUCUUGCUGUGGUGCUACAAAAACAAAAAACUCUCUCAGUCUCCGUCAGCCUUCAGUCCACAGCAGAACAUCAGUCAGACAUCAGAUCAGAAACAGACUGGCAAUGUACGUAAAGCAGCUGAUCACACCUAUGCUAAUAUUAAACUGAAAUCUAAGAAAGAAAUGAAGAAAAAGAAGAAAGAUGAUAAAGACACAAGUGCAGACAAUGAAAGUGAAGCAGCUGAUCACAUCUAUGCUAAUAUUGAACUGAAACCUAAGAAAGAAAUGAAGAAAAAGAAGAAAGACAAGAAAGGAAAUGCCAGUAAAGGUGGGGACAAUGUGUACUCUAAUCUGAAGAAAGGAGGAGGUCAAGGUGUUGCUUUUGGAUCUGUUGAUGUGGCCUACUCUUAGAUUAAAUAACAGACCAGAGGAGAAAAAAAGACGGCAAUACAGUAACUAAUGCUUAAUACUGUCAAUAUAAACCUUCAUCUGCAUCAGAGUAAAUGCUUCCUAAACUUUGAUUUUCUAAUAGCAUAAAAGAGUUUACUUAUCAGGAUAUGAGAAACUCCUUUUAAAAAUGAAACAAUGAUAUUAACUGAAUGCUCUCGGCCCGUAUGCAUUCAUCAUCAUUAAACCAGUUUGUUGGCAGAAUCCAUCAAAAGUCUGAUUAAAAAUGCUAAUUUACAAGAAAACUGUAAGAAAGAAACUUUUUAUAAAACUACAGUUUCUUUUUUGUUUAUAAAUCUGUACAGAAUUUGGGAUUUUACAACUAUUUUGUGUUUUUUUUUUCAGUUUUUCACUGUAUUUUUUGUCUUUUACAGUUUUUAAGAAUAUUCUUACCAUACUCAUUUGCAUAUUAAUUCUCACCUUUUGUAAAUAA